CCCAUCGCCUCUCCAGCUCAGGAAAGCGAGUGGAUAAACUGAGCAAAGAAAGAAAAGAAAAAGGACUUUCUCCUUCUCUUCUUCUCUGCCUGGUGGGCAGGCAGCUGUAUGGUUGAGGACUGGAGCGUUGAGAGAACGGGAAUCGGACUGGCUUUUGUGAAUGAGAGAAGACACAACUAAGGUGCUGGAGCAGGAGAUACCCGCCUCGAUGGAGGACAGAGGGAUGGAGGAAGUGAAAGCAGUAGAAGAUAAAGCAGCAGCAGAGAAAGCUGUGGAGGAGAGAGUAGCGCAGGAGAAGACAGAGGACAGCACAGCGCAGAAUAAAGGGACAGAGGAGAGAGAGAUGGAGGGAGAAGUCAACGUAGAGAGAGAGAUAGAGGUAGAGGUUGUGACCCCUUGCCCUACAGAGAGCCAUGGUCUCCAGGGAACCAUUAAAGGUCAUGACCUCUUCGGCUAUGUGGGCAUCGAGGCUGUUCUGGACCAGAUGAGACGCAAGACCAUGAAGGCUGGCUUCGAGUUCAACAUCAUGGUAGUGGGUCAGAGUGGACUAGGGAAGUCUACCCUGGUCAACACUCUGUUCAAGUCUAAAGUCAGCCGCAAGUCCUGCAGCCCGAACUACGAAGAGAAGAUCUCCAAGACUGUCAAACUGCAGUCCGUCAGCCAUGUGAUAGAGGAGAAGGGAGUGAAGAUGAAGCUCACAGUGAUUGACACUCCAGGAUUCGGAGACCAGAUAAACAACGACAACUGUUGGGAGCCUAUAGUGAGUUAUGUUAAUGAGCAGUAUGAGAGGUACCUGAAAGAAGAGCUGUACGUCAACAGGAAGCCGAGGAUCCCUGACACACGAGUCCACUGCUGUGUCUACUUCCUGCCUGCCACCGGACACUGGUUACGUCCCAUAGACUUGGAAUUCAUGAAGAGACUGGGGAAGAUAGUCAGCAUCGUACCGGUCAUCGCUAAGGCAGACACACUCACUAUGGAGGAGAGACUAGAGUUCAAACAGAGGAUAAGACAGGACCUGAAGGCCAAUGGGAUCCGAGUAUACCCUCAGACUGAGAACGACGAAGAUCCAGAGGACAGGAUCCUCAACGACAAGAUCAGGGAAAACAUUCCGUUUGCGGUGGUGGGGACAGACAAGGAACACCAGGUAAACGGGAACAAGGUCCUGGGCAGGAAAACCAAAUGGGGCAUCAUAGAGGUUGAAAACGUGGCGCAUUGUGAGUUUACCAACUUGAGAGAUCUGCUGAUUAGGUCCCACCUGCAGGACCUGAAGGACGUGACCCACAACAUCCACUAUGAGACAUUCCGCGUCAGGAGGCUGAACGAGAGUAACCUGACCGUCCACGGUCUGGCCCUGUCCUGCUUUCCAAUGGAGAACGGGACCCACGGAACCAACGGAACCAAUGGAACCUCGGACAGGAGUGACUCAGAGAGCCACCUCUGAGGGGGACCACAGAGUGCGUCGCACACAGCAGCAGCUCCAGCUUCCUGCUCACAGCUUCCUGUUUCCUGUUUUGACUGCAAAAUGGUUGGUCGACUGUUUCCCCCAAACGGAACACGAGAAAGAGAGCGAAAGAAAGAAAGAGGAGCUUUUUUUUAACAAAGGAGAGAUGUUUUCGGUGGCCACCACACACCUUGGAUUUUGAACAUUUUAUUGAGUUUUACUAAAGACAUUAUUGAUAAGAAAUGCAUUUAAACUUCAUAUAUGAAUAUAUUUUCUCAGAAUGAGUUUAUAUUUCCUGGAAGCAGGGUCACACGGGGCUGGAAGAGCAGAGAGAGAUGGAGAGAGAAAAACAGAAAAAGAGAGGGGGAGAGUGAGGGAUGGAGAGAAAUGAAAACAGAGAGGGAGAGAGGGGUAGGGUGAGAGAUGGAGAGAGAGAGAUAAAAACAGAGAGAGAGGGGGAGAGUGAGGGAUGGAGAGAGAGAGGAAGAGAUAAAAAUAGAGAGGGGGAGAGAGAGGAGGUGUGUUAUGUGCUCAGACAAUGUUAUUUCUGCAAUACCGAUGUUUAUGCAGUAUCAUUGUUUACACUCAUACCACCCCUGGAAUUCAGAAAACUGGAAUCACCUGCCUGAGAGUGAUUUACAGUAUACUGUAGCUAACACAGCUACAGCCUCCUGUAUUCUACAGUACCCAGGUCCCUUCUGCUACAGCCUCCUGUAUUCUAGAGUACCCACGUCCAUUCAGCUACAGCCUCCUGUAUUCUACAGUACCCACGUCCAUUCAGCUACAGCCUCCUGUAUUCUAGAGUACCCACGUCCAUUCAGCUACAGCCUCCUGUAUUCUAGAAUACCCAGGUCCAUUCAGCUACAGCCUCCUGUAUUCUAGAGUACCCACGUCCAUUCAGCUACAGCCUCCUGUAUUCUAGAGUACCCACGUCCAUUCAGCUACAGCCUCCUGUAUUCUAGAGUACCCACGUCCAUUCAGCUACAGCCUCCUGUAUUCUAGAGUACCCACGCCCAUUCAGCUACAGCCUCCUGUAUUCUAGAGUACCCACGUCCAUUCAGCUACAGCCUCCUGUAUUCUAGAAUACCCAGGUCCAUUCAGCUACAGCCUCCUGUAUUCUAGAGUACCCACGUCCAUUCAGCUACAGCCUCCUGUAUUCUAGAGUACCCACGUCCAUUCAGCUACAGCCUCCUGUAUUCUACAGUACCCACGUCCAUUCAGCUACAGCCUCCUGUAUUCUACAGUACCCACGUCCAUUCAGCUACAGCCUCCUGUAUUCUACAGUACCCACGUCCAUUCAGCUACAGCCUCCUGUAUUCUACAGUACCCACGUCCAUUCAGCUACAGCCUCCUGUAUUCUAGAGUACCCACGUCCAUUCAGCUACAGCCUCCUGUAUUCUACAGUACCCAUGUCCAUUCAGAUACAGCCUCCUGUAUUCUACAGUACCCACGUCCAUUCAGCUACAGCCUCCUGUAUUCUAGAGUACCCACGUCCAUUCAGCUACAGCCUCCUGUAUUCUAGAGUACCCACGUCCAUUCAUCUACAGCCUCCUGUAUUCUAGAGUACCCACGUCCAUUCUGGGUGUUAUUUGGCCACAGCAGAAAUGAUAUGGUCUAUAUCAGAUUUGUCAAACUCAUUCCACUGAGGGUCGAGUGUCUGUGGGUUUUGUUUUUGUUCCAUUCAAUUAAAACCUAGACAACCAGGUGAAGGGAGAUCCUUACUAAUUAGUGACCUUAAUUCCUCCAGCAAGGACAAGGGUGGAGCGAAAACCUGCAGCCACUCUGCCCUCCGUGGAAUGAGUUAGACACGUGGUCUGUAUGCUACUGUGUGAAUACUGUAAUGUGGCUUUGUUUGAAUUCCGCCCCGUUUCUCCAUCUCUCAAAGGACGGCAGCCUUUUUAACACUGUAUGAAUACUGGCAGAGCCGUAGCCUAGCCUAUGUAUGGCUUAUGAACCUCUCUCUAUAACACAGGCAUAGGCCUGUAAUAUAUUCAGACGCUUCAUUUCAUUUAAUACGCAUGUUGACUUAAAAAAAAAAAAAGUAUAUUUUUUCCAGAAAAGUUUUUUUUGUUUUGUUACCUUUUCCACCUGCGGUAAACGUCGAUGCACACAUACAUAUCCAUACACACUUGUCCAUCCAUACGUACACAGUCCAGUUAACAUCCAAGGGCCUUUCUGUGUUGUGUAUGGAGGGAAUCCUAGAUCCUUUCUGUCUCCUUCCCCCGAUGGUGAGCUGUGCUGUUUGGAGAGAGGGCUCCACCUAGAGGCCAAGUGGAGGAAUGACCGGAGUCAGAGACAAGAAGAUACAAACUGUACUCUCACCAAAGUGUCUAGGGUUGCAAAAUUCCCAGUAGCUCUCAAUGAUACUAUGUUUUGGGAGAGACAGGAAUAAUACAGACAGGAUUAGAUCAGCCCACUUUACCCUCCUCUGUUUUAUGUCUUUGGAUGUGCCUAACUUAGAGAGCCAGACUUCCUGUUUAACGUUAACAUGUGAAUGUGAUGCUAGGAGGCCGCUUUCCGGACACAGAUAAAGCCCACCUGGUCCUAUAAGGCUUCUCCAUUGAAAGUGUUUCGUAGUCCAAGACUAGGCUUAAUCUGUGUUGGGGAAACUGGUCCUAUGAUAACCAGGUAUGUGUGUGUGUUUGCCCGUUCAAAGCCUGUCGUGUCUUCACAGACUGACUGCCUCUUCUUCAACUGCUGAUCAGCUGUCUGUUUUCAGACCACAUCACUAGAUCUGUUGUCCAUUAAAAGGUACAUCCCUCCCUCAUGUACAUACCUAGUGUUGACCUGGUACACAGCCUCUUCAGCUGUGGGCUGCCUAUAACAGUCAAACAUACACACAGACACACAGGCACGCACACACACACACACACACACAGACACACAGGCACACACACACACACACACACACACACACAGGCACGCACACACACACACACACACACACACACACACAGACACACACACACACACAGGCACACACACACACACAGACACACACACAAACACACAUCCACACACACACACACAUCCACACACACCCAUGCCGUGACAAUGUUUGUGUUGAUGUUUAUCUCCUGCCUCUGAUGUUUAUAGUGUUGUAGCCUAAUGUUCUGUAAGCUGCAUCCGGAUAGACCUUGUUUUACACAUUAAUAAACACCGUUGAUUUACCAUCAAAA